GUUUUAAAUAGUUGGAACCGGUUUCACUGAAAGCUUGAACAUAGUGAGACACACAUUCACACACGCUGAGGUGAUGGGGAGAGCUAGGAGUGUGGUCGGCUGGGUUUUGCUGACAGCCCUCGCUGUGUUAUUGUGCUGCCCGGCAGCUCUGAGCUCGCUGGAUGAGGGACACCCGGACAGUGAUACCGAACACGGAGAGUCUCACGGGGGUAACGAGACCGGUUUUCACAUCGUCUCCUUUCACUGGGAGAAUGUCCAAACCCCUUAUGUCAUCGCACUGUGGAUUCUAGUGGCCAGUUUAGCUCAGGCAGUUUUUCAUCUGUCUGAGAAAGUCACCUUGGUGGUACCAGAAAGCAUUCUGCUGAUUGUACUGGGCCUCAUCCUGGGAGGAAUUGUCUGGGCCGCUGAUCACACUGCCUCCUUCACUUUAACACCAAAUGUCUUCUUCUUCUACCUCCUGCCACCAAUCAUACUGGAUGCUGGAUAUUUCAUGCCCAACCAACAAUUCUUCAGGAACAUUGGAUCAAUUCUAAUGUACGCCAUCAUUGGAACGGUUUGGAAUACUGUAACAACUGGUCUCUCCCUCUACGGUGUCUACCGGACUGGUAUUAUGGGAAAUCUUGAUGCUGGCCUCCUGGAAUUCCUCCUGUUUGGAAGUGUGAUUGCUGCAGUUGACACAGUCGCUGUGUUGACUGUGUUUGAAGAGAUUCACGUGAAUGAAGCAUUGUUUAUCAUUGUCUUUGGAGAAUCUCUGCUUAAUGAUGGAGUCACUGUGGUGCUGUACAAUGUCUUUAACUCAUUUGUUGCAGUUGGAGCAGGGAAUAUUCAAGGCCUGGACUACUUCAAAGGCAUAGUUUCUUUCUUUGUUGUAAGUUUGGGUGGAAUUGCCAUUGGUAUCAUCUUUGGAUUCCUAUUGUCCCUGGUAACCAGAUUUACCAAGCACGUGAGGGUGAUCGAACCUGGAUUUGUCUUUGUCAUUUCUUACUUGUCCUACCUCACUUCAGAUAUGCUUUCCCUUUCUGCUAUAUUAGCUAUCGCAUUCUGUGGUAUCUGCUGUCAGAAAUAUGUGCAGGCCAACCUCUGCGAGCAGUCUAUUAUCACCGUCAGGUACACAAUGAAAAUGCUGGCAAGUGGAGCGGAAACCAUUAUCUUCAUGUUUUUGGGAGUAUCUGCAGUGGAUACGACGAUAUGGACAUGGAAUACACCUUUUAUCCUUUUCACAUUGGUUUUCAUCUCUGUCUACAGAGUCAUUGGUGUUGUAGCUCAGACCUGGAUUCUCAAUCACUACCGUGUGGUGCAGCUGGAGAUGAUAGAUCAGAUGGUAAUGUCAUAUGGAGGCUUGCGUGGGUCGAUGGCCUUUGCUCUGGUGGUGUUGUUGGAUCUGAAGCAUGUCCAUGAGAAGCGACUAUUUGUCAGUACAACCAUCAUUGUGGUGUACUUCACAAUCAUCUUUCAGGGUCUGACAAUCAAACCUUUGGUUAAAUGGUUGAAAGUAAAGAGGAGUCAGCAGAAGGAGCCUUCACUCAAUGAGAAACUUCAUGAAAGAGCAUUUGAUCACAUUGUGUCUGCAAUAGAAGAUAUUUCAGGCCAAAUUGGACACAAUUAUCUUCGAGAUAAGUGGAGUCGGUUUGACAGAAAGUAUCUGAGCAAAGUAAUGAUGAGGAAAUCAGCACUGAUUAGCCAGGAUAAUCUCCUUAGCAUUUUCCGAGAGCUGAAUCUGAAGGAUGCCAUCAGUUACUUGUCUGAGGGAGAACGGCAAGGAUCUUUAAUGUUUAUGCAUUCCAGCAAUGACGUUAACAUCGAUUUCACUGGCCCUCGUUAUUCUGUUAUCGACUCGUCCAUCUCUGCAGUGCUGGGGGAGAGUGCCAGUGAUGUAUGUCUGGACAUGAACGCACUUGAAAAUAGAGUAAAGAGCCUGAAGGAUCAAGAGGAAAUAGUCACCCAUCACACAUUGCAACAACUUCUGUACAAACCUAGGAAGCGGUACAAGCUCAAUUACAGCCGCCAUAAGCUGGUGCAUAAUGAGAGCGCGAAACAAGAUAAAGAGAUUUUUCAGCAAACCAUGAAAAAGAGACUGGAAAAUUUGAAAUCCAGCAAGCUCGGAGCCAACCACAACAUUGCAUUUAAAAACACCAAUAAAGAGAAAGGAGCUAAAAAGAAACACAGUGAUGCAGUGCCGAUUAGAAACCUCCCGACGCAGUCCCUUGCUUUCCACGCUGAUAAAGAUACUCAAGACGUGCAACCUGACCAGCUCAUACAGGAAAAGCAAGGAGAGAGUAAUGAGAAAUCAGACUCUGAUGUAGAGGACCACUAUGAUCCAUCAGACGGAGGAAUUAGUUUCCUAAUUACCCCUGCAAACAAUGAAUCAGAUGAAACAAGAACAGGUAACUCUAAAUCAAUCCCAAGUCCCCCUCCAUUGCCUAGCCCUACCACGUUGGAUGAGAAACCAAUUUCCAGGAAAGAUGACCACGUAAGCCAAGAAGAUCCUAGCUCUGAGAAACCCUCGAGGAUCUUCCCAUCUUACCUCCAGAAAACCUGGAUGCAGAGCUACACCUCACUAGAAAAUGUAGAAUCCCAAGUGUCCACUGUUUCAGAGCAUGUAGCAGCACAAGAGGAGAGCUCCACUGAAAUAGUUUUGAAAGCAACAGUUGACAAAACUGAAGAAGCAAAGCUUAAUGAAGAAGACCAUCCUACUCAGCUUGACAGAGAAGCGCUCGAUGUGAAAGUACAAUGUGCUGAAACACUGAAUGAUGAGCUGGAGGACAACUGUUCAAAAGACCCUGCACUACAAGAGCAGAAGCCACUGAUAAUUAAGGACAGUAAGAUGCACUCUGCAGCAGCCAAGCGAGUGCAGAAUCGGCGAUCGUUUCACCGGCCCAAGCCUUUGCGUUAUCCAGUUCUCCAGAAACUCGGAUCUCUCCCAGUCUCUUGUCACAUUCCUCCUCAUUCUUUGGAACAAGAAGAAACACAGUUUUAAGCAUUGCAGUCCCUUGCUUCACCAGCAAUUGCAUAAAGCCUUUAAUUAGAGAGCUGAGCAUCUUCUGGCCAUGUCGCACGCCUCCAGAAUUUGCAUUUCAUAUACAGGCACAAAACCAAACUUUAUAAUUAAUGCCAAUCCUGGACAGUAGAGGGGAAAAUUAAUACAUCUCCACUAAAAUACAUGGUAUAGAGUGAAUUCUGUAAAACACACAUGGAAAAGGGAAGAGGAAAUUUUACCACAACCAUGUCAAGACAGAAAGGUUGCCAUGUUAAGUUAUAUUGGGAAAUUAUCAUUUUAUUAGUUUUCUUUCUCAUACAAUUUAUUUGUAAAUGUUUUAUGCUGCAGGCUUCUUGCAACUUUUUAGAUUUCGGGGUUUGCUUUUUUUAACGUAAAAGAAAGACAAAUACAUAUGCAAAAGUCAUCUGUCGUCAGGUGCUGUAAAACACAUGAGAUGCAAAAGUAGACCCACCGGUGGGCUUCCUGCAAAUUGGAGGUCAAAUAUUAAAGAAUAGUGAUGACAGUGCAGGCAACAUUAGUUUUGGGCAAAUAUUUGAAAAUCUGACAUCCUCCAUUGAGAAAUAGGGUGGCAUAGUGGUUCAGUGGUUAACACUGCUGCCUCAGUGCUGGGGCCCAGGUUUGA